GGAUUAGGCAAAAUUUGCCUUUGCCCCGAGGAGCUGGCGAUGAUCGACAUGGCGCGUUUUCUUCUCGAUUUCCGGUGGCUGGCUUUCCAUUUCAUGCGCCGAGGAAGGCAGCCAUCCGAGACAGACCUGGCGAUGGUGAGUGAAAGAAAGGAGGAAAGCAGGUAAUGGCGACGGUACGGGCCUUUGAGUGUGCUAGCUAGCAAGACAGGUGUGGAGGUCAGGAGCAGGAGCAGGAGGAUGAGGACGAGGAGGCGUAGCAGGGUCGAAGUCGACGAAGCUGAAUUGAAGCUCGGGGAGUCGGGGCUUAGCUAGUUCGUAGGCGUCGUGUUGAUGGUGUCGUGCUAUUUUACGAUACUGCGGAGUAGUGAGACUGGGCAGGGCGGGCCUAACCUCGGGCAAGUCGGGGCAGGGUUUGCUUUUUAUAGCCUCCAGUUUGUCAGGGGUUUACGUCGAUGGUUCCCGAGGGCCGGAGAAUAGAAGGGAAUGUGUGCCCUUCGUACGCUUUUGCCAAGCGAGUUGAGAUGAGUAGAGGAGGAAGGGAAGUGAAGCGCGGAAAUCAAUGUUCGACAACGCUUAGGGCAGUGUGUUAGUCUGGAGCGGUGUGGAACCGUGAUUACUCUGGAUGGUGAUUACGCUGGAGACUGAUGCUCGACUUCGCUUGAUUGCACUGAUGCAAAGCAGAUGCCUUUUUCGGCUCUGAUUCCUCGGUACAAUUCGCCUUAAGUGUUUCUGUGUCCCAUCCGGUGUACAUGCUUGCACAAGCGUACGCGCACACAUAGCUAUCUGUUCCUCUCUCCCUCUCCUCCGGUGUUCCCUCACCUGGAGUCUUGCCUCCCAAGAUCUCUCAGAUCGCCUGCUAUGGUGAUCAUUACUUUCACGUCUCGAAGCAAUUGUUAGUCACUCCAGCCACUUCUCCUGAUCAGUACUAGCUUUUCUUGUUGACCGAUAGAUAUAAUAAGUGCAUUCAGAACAUCGGCUUUUUGGAGCUACCCGAGGUGCUUCUUGCUAUUUUCGCUCCGUGAGACUAUAUCGAUGUGUUCAUCUGGGAUGCUCAUCUGAAGCAUUGGGCAUGCAAAGCUUCUGGUGUACGCUGGGUCCUCUCGCGUAGCUAUGCACCGGGGAGAUUAUAUGGGACCACUUUUGUAGAGUGCUUACAGCUGGAGUUUGACAGGUUGAAUCAUGGAGUUCGAGCAGGUCUGUAGAGAGUGUGAGUAAGAUUGAGUAAAAAUGACGCGAGGGCGAGGACCAGUGCAAGUGGGGACUGGGAUUAAGGUGUACUGGGACGGUGACGAUACGUGGUAUAGUGCAGAAGUGACCGAUUUCGAUCCAGAAACUGAAUGGUGCAAGGUUUUAUAUGAAGAUGGUGAAAGGGAAGAGUUUCGGCUGUCCGAAGUGAAGUAUAAAAGAAUUUCGGGUGGAAAAUUGAGAGAGAGAUACUUGGCGGAUGAUGCAGGACGUUUUUCGAGAAAGCUUCUACAUUACAUUCACAAUACUCUCGUAGAUAUGGCGGAUAGGCUCCCGGAAUUCGCCGUACGUAGGGACUCGAGGCAGUGGUGGGAAAAAUGGCAGGCCAAUGUGAAGAUAGCAGCAAACUCUCGCAACCUCUCGGGGUUGGUAAAAUUGACAACUACAUUUGGCGAACAAAUCAAGGUUCUAGACAUCGAGGGGAAGGUUGAUGUCACCACUCCAUGGUGGAAGGCUCAGAGCGGAGAGUGGCUAGCAAAAUUGAAAGAAGCUACAAAUUUUGAAGAUGUGGCUAGCCGAGUAAAGGACCUCCUGCUAAGAGCACUGGACUGGACUGCAGCACGAGAGCUCUUUACAUCAACAGGUGAUACACCGAUUGCGAUGAUGGACGAGGAAGAAACCGUGGUCAAGGAGAAGGAGUCAAAGAGAAAAGGGAUGGUUCCAGAGAUUGUUGUCAAGGAGAAGGAGUCAAAGAGAAAAGGGAUGGUUCCAGAGAUUGUGGUCAAGGAGAAGGAAUCAAAGAGAAAAGGGAUGGUUCCAGAGAUUGUGGUCAAGGAGAAGGAAUCAAAGAGAAAAGGGAUGGUUCCAGAUAUUGUGGUCAAGGAGAAGGAAUCAAAGAGAAAAGGGAUGGUUCCAGAGAUUGUGGUCAAGGAGAAGGAGUCAAAGAGAAAAGGGAUGGUUCCAGAGAUUGUAACUCCUCGACCGGCUCCCAAGGAGGUGCUUAGGGUGGAGGCCGAUAUUGUAGGCGAGGCUCCCCCUACAGGUAAGAGAAGGAAGAUUUCUAAGAAGACUCUUAGAGAGGUUACUAAGGACGCAGAGGGACGAGACAUGGAAGAAAAACCCCAGGAAGCCCCCGUCAUACAAUUGAAGGUUGAAGGCCUUUCAAAAGUCACUAAGAAGCGCAGGACGGGAGAUGGAACCAAAGGCAAGUCUUCAGUGCAAGUCCAGAAAGAGUACAGAAUACUUGACUCGAACAGUCAUAUCUCCACCAUGCCACCCUGUAAUCACAUCGGACCUCCAGACGUAUUUUCUCGUGGCUCAGAGGGUAAUAGUUAUAAUUUGGCUGAGGAAGCGCACGAGGAACAUGUGCAAAUUUAUAAGUCAGACAAUUUGCUGAACGAGACUUUUGUUUCUGGAACUGUUGUUGGAGGGAAGAAAAUACGUGGUAGGAAGAAGAAGAAGCUCCAGGAUGGGGGGAAAAUGAAUGCAGGAAGUUUACGAGAAGCGUUUUUCCUCUCUGAAGCUCAUGUUAUUGAGAAGAAGAAGAAGAAAAUGAACCAUGCUGCUAGCUUAGCUGAAUUCAUGCACUCCGAUGAUGAUGAAAUCAUUGGGAGACGAGGUGCAGGUACUGUGAUCACCAAGGAACUUUCGGAACAAAAGGAUACCCAAGGUAUUCACAAAGGAGAACACCUGGUAUCCAACGGAUCAUCAGGUACUAAGAUUGUCGCAGAUGUUGAGGAUGAUUCUGAGACCACGGUGUCUGGUUUGAAAGGGGAUCAGGACUGGAAUCCUACAAAGCCUAUGGUUUCGUCCUGGAAACAGAAGGAUACUGUACCGGAGACUACAGCUUCAGAGACCAGAUUUGAGGUCAAGAGGAAACGAGGGCGUCCUCGGAAAGCAGUGUCAGCAAUUGUUGAGGUCGGGUCGAGGGUCAAGGACCAUGCCGGUCUAAACCCUCCAGUUCGACCGUUGUCCUUUAAGGUUGCGAAGACACAGGAUAAGCAGCUGUCGGAUAAGAUGCAAAAUCAGAUAUCGGAACAAUGCUCACAAAUUGAGGAUUCCUGUCCCAUUGGUGAGUCAGAAAUUGUUGUAGGAGUACAAGAGAAACAGGUACGACUCAAGAAACGAGGGAGACCUCGAAAAGGGCACCAGCCUCAACCUGUAGAUUCUCAGGCAAACAAAAUGAUGAUCGGUCAUGUGGUGGAAGGGACAAAUCGAUGCCAGAAUGUUGACAAGAGUUUAGAGGAUGUAGAGACGGUAAGGCCAAGAAAGCGAGGUCGUCCUAGGAAGUCCGGACUACACGAGCCGUGUCCCGUCCCAUUGCAGACGCUGGCUCCUCCCGACGAGACUGAGAAUGAAAGCGAGGAGUGUGGUUUUCUUGUUGAACCAGUCACACAAAGGCUGCUUUUAUGCGCUGCGACCGUGCAAGGGGAUGAUACAAAUGUGACUCUUUGUAGGAAAGAAGACGGUUUAAAAGACGUGGCCAGAAAAGUGUUGAAUCCAGACUCUGUCAGUUCCGCGCAGGUAAAUAGGACAGAUGUGUGUGGUGCCAAGGUGGAUGAUGUUGCAAUUCGAACCAUGGUAACCACAUUGACCCCCACUCAGAAGAAGCGGGGUAGGCCCCGGAAAUCUUCAGUUCAGGUAGAGUGUUUGAGUAGUCUUGAAGCCACACCGCCACCAUCAGCAUCUCCUAUCUUGCCCUCUCUAUUGAAAGAGGACAAUAGCAGGAAUGAAGGUUUAGUAAGCUACAAACGACGUGCUAGAUCUUACCGAAAUGGUGGAGGUUCGGCUAAGAAACUCCAGAAAGGGAUUGUAGGAGAGCACAAAACUCAAGAUCAAUCAUCUGCGUUGACAAGAUUUGUCUUCCACGACGAAGCUGCAACAACUGUAGCCCCUUCGGUGCUUGUGUCCUCUGUGUCUGCUGAGUAUGUACCAGAAAUUACAGUUGGCACGUCAGCGACCGGUUCAUCCCCCGAUGUUGCAGAGGAUGCGCCAUUGAACUCGUCAAAGCCCGUUGCUACAGAUGUUGCAGAGAGGAAGUAUUCUAGACGACAUUUCCGAAAAUCCCCUGGAAGGCCACCGAGAAAAGUUGUCCAAGAUGAGAGCCAACAGAUAUCCACUUCUCCUGUUAUUUCACAAUCAGUAACCAAACCUGUGGUCCUUCGGGAAUCAGAGCCUGAAUCGCAGCCGACAUGGACAGAGGUCCGCUUAACGGUUGGGAAAGAUGUAGCAACCGGAUCAAUAUAUUCAAAAGGUCAGCUUUUCCAGAAUGGUGGAUUACCAGUUGUAGUUGAGGAACAAGGAAACGGAGAUGCGUAUUAUAAGAUUACAUCCGAUGCCGAGGAAGCAGUACGACCUGCGCUGAAAGGGAAUACGUCAGCUGCGAACAAUAUCUCUCCCAGGAGGUUUAAACGACAAGGGUCAACACCAUUGUCGAUUGAGCUACAACAUUCAAAGAAGCAGCAUGGAGCUAUUCAAUUAUCUGUUCGAGCUGAUUCACACAAUGAUGGCCAUUCGGUGGUUGCGACUGAGACUGAACUUGUAAAAACGGGUAAGAAGCGAAAGUGUGGCGACACCGGAAAACUUUCAGAAACGAGAACAGGAACGAGACAGGAAGGACGAGAAGGAAUCAUCGUCAUACAAGGUAAAGUGAAGAAUGGGGUUAUAAAUGGAGGUGUACAGUCAGUGAAUCGGACGAAUUCUCUUUUGAUCACAGGAAUGACGUCGAUACAGCGAACUGACCGCAAAGCAGGGACGAAUGAAAUCCAACAACUUCGACAAUUCCAAGCAGCCAACCAUAUCCUGCAAGUUCCGGAAGUUGCAGGCGAUGAACUUUAUGAACCCCGCUCUCAAAGUCAAGUAGAAAGUGGAAUAUUGUCGGCUCCUCUUCAUGGGAACGGUAACCAGCUUCAAACGCGUUCAUCUGGAGACGAAUCAUGUGCAAGUCCUGCACACCCAAAGUCUGACAAACCUCAUACUGAAGGAAGGCAAGAUGCAAUUGCAGAGCCAAUGAAGAACCAAGAAUACACUCAAGAAGUCUGCGUGGCACUUCAGCCUGAAGCUGAGCCUGAGUACCCGUCGUGGGGAGAAAGACUUUGCUCUGAUAGUGAGGACGAGUUUGAAACUGGGACAGGUUGUUAUGAUGAGUGCCCAAGGGACAGCAAUACAAUGGUGAAGGGCUUCGAACAGGAACCUUUGAAUCUAAGAGGUCAUGAAGAAUCCUCAUCAGGGAAUCCAAAAACAAUGGAAAGAGUCACAGCAGUACUAGAAGAAGUCACGCCUGCUAAUGAUAAGGCGACAGCGCGUAAGAAAGUCUGCGAGCUGACUGCUUCUGUAGAUGUAAAAUCACAGUCCAUCGACACACUUAAAGAGGAACAGCCGACAGCAGGUCGUACUAUUGGUGAGCUGACUGUAUCUACAGAUCUCAUUUCACAGGCAAUGGAAACAUGUGCGGACAAAGUAUCAAACGUAGUUUCAAACUUCGAUACCGAAUCCGGGCAACUACACGGAGGACAGGUGCUAGGACAGAUAGGCGAGGAGAAUACUCCAAAUCAGGACCAGAAAAGCGUCCCACCUGAACUUGUAUGCAACAUCUGUAAUUUUAAAGAUGCAGAGGAUCAAAUGCUCCUUUGUGAAGAUGCACAAGAACGUGGCUGCACAUGUGCUAUCCACACUUUCUGUCUAACUCCUCCACUCCAAAAAGUACCGACAGAUGCCUGGACCUGUCUUCAUUGUGCACUUAUGGCAACUCAUAAUAAGAACGUAAAGAUAUGCUCCCCGAAAAGGUUUCCACCUAAGAGGAUUCAAGCUGUCAUUGGUAGACGUUCAAAUCUGGUGAAGGAUGAGUUGAAGCGCACGGAACAUAAACGGAUGGAGUAUCUUGUGAAGUGGGAUUCCUUUUCGCACAAGCACGAUACAUGGAUCGAUGCAACUUGGUUUGUUGGGGAGCGGAAGCGAUACGCAUCCAUUUUUGAGUCUAAACAUCCGGAUCUACCGAAAAUUGACCUUUCCAAAGAGAUUGACGACACCCUCGUUGAUGAGAGGAAACCGGAGUGGCUACUGAUUGAUCGCAUCCUCAAGUGUCGUGGCAGAAGUCAUCUUCUUAAUCCUUCUGAACUUAAAAACAGCAAGUGGAACCGCGAACGCAUCCAGUUUCUCGUUAAAUGGCAGGGUCUGGAUUAUAGAUCCGCAACAUGGGAGGAGGGUACUGAUUCCAAGGAAAUGCAAAGAGCAGUCUCUUCCUUUAUUUCAAGACAUGAAUCUGCGGAAAAGGAACUGGUUAGCACACGUGUUGGAGAGUCUGUGGCUGUCAGCAUCAAUCGUCAGCCAGAUUAUGUAGGUGUUGGGAAGAACUCGAUGUAUGCUUAUCAAAUUGAAGGCCUGAAGUGGCUGCUGAGCAAUUUUGAAUCCAGAAGAAAUGUGAUCCUUGCGGAUGAGAUGGGGCUCGGAAAAACAAUACAAACCAUUGCAUUCAUGUCUUGUGUCAGGAAUGAAAAACUCAGCAGUAAGCCAGCCCUCGUGAUUGCUCCUAAAAGUACUCUUUCUGGAUGGGAACAGGAGUUGCAACUUUGGGCGCCUGGAUUGAAUGCUGUAGUGUACCAGGGUGAGAAGGACAACAGACUUUUGAUAAGGAAGUAUGAAUUUUACGCGCACAACAAACGACCUUUGUUCGAUGUGCUUCUGACAUCAUAUGAAUUGGCCACCCUUGACAAUUCCUUGUUGUGCAAGUUCCACUGGUCUUCAAUCAUAGUGGACGAAGGACAUAGAAUGAGGAAUAUGCGAUCAAAUUUAGGAAAUGUGCUCAAAGAGCAUCGGGCUGAGUUUCGGCUUCUUUUAACUGGCACGCCUCUGCAGAAUACUUUGGCUGAAUUUUUUUCACUGUUUCAUUUCCUCGAUCCAGUGAAGUAUCCAAAUCCGGAUAGUGCUGCAGAGGAGUUCACUGAAGCAGUCGAUGAUGGUCAUGCUAGUUCUGCUGAUUCAGAGAAAAGGCUGAAACAUUUGUCUAGAAUUCAAGAGCUGUUGAAACCCCGGAUGUUGCGAAGGGUGAAGAACGAGGUGCCUGGACUGACUUUACCUGGUAAGAAGAUCGUAGAAAUUUCUUGCGCUCUGACAAAGCAACAACGACAUCUGUACACUGCCAUCCUGAGGAAGAAUCUGAAAGUCUUGAAUGCGGGUGUGCAAUCAGGAUUGAAAAGAUCUUUAAACAACAUUCUUACGGAUUUGAAGAUGGUUUGCAAUCAUCCGUAUCUUUUUCCAGAUAAGGAACCACAAGGACUUAAACCUGAAGAAGCAUUAAGAACGAUGGUGGACGUCUCUGGAAAAUUAGUAUUUCUUGAAAAGCUUCUUCCCAUGCUGAAGAAUGGUGGACAUAGAGUGCUUCUUUUCUCACAAAUGACAAAAAUGCUUGAUAUCAUGGAAGAUUUUCUGAGAUUUAUGGGUCUCUCUUUCUGUCGAAUUGACGGAACCACCUCUGCGACAGACAGACAGAAGUUGAUUGCCGAGUUCAACCAUCCACAAAGUAGCACGUUCAUCUUUCUUAUCUCUACUCGAGGCGGAGGACUUGGAAUCAAUCUGCCAAGUGCAGACACAGUAAUCAUAUAUGAUCCCGACUGCAAUUCGUUUGUGGACGUACAAGCUCAAGCACGAGCUCAUCGAAUUGGACAGGAAAAAAUCGUCCUUGUUUAUCAACUUGUGACUGUGUCUUCCGUCGAAGAGAAGAUUUUAGAGCGCUCUAGGAAGAAACUUGCAUUGGAGAAUUCGGUCAUUACUUCGGGAUUUAAUGUCCCCAAUCACAUUAAAGAAACUGCGGCAGACAUCAGUACAAUACUACUUCAUGGUCUGAACAACGUUCUGGAUGAGCAGCAUGUCAGAGCCAGAUACACCCAGCACACAAACGAGAGUGUUCUGAAGCUACUUGAUCGUUCAACCCCCGGAUCAAGUCUGCGCGAAACUGAUGCUCAUGGUUUUCUUGGAGCUGUGCAAGGAAAUGAGGAUGUCAGUCAACAUGCUGGCAAAGAGGCGGCGAACCUUAAACAAGGAGGGUAUGGCGAGGAAUGGAGAGAGUUGUUAUGCAAGCUUGUUGAGCAAGAUGAGAAAGAAGAACUUGGGAGAGGAAAGCGGAGGAGAAAACAAGUCAAAUACUCCGUCCAGCAAAAUGUGGAUGGUCAAGAGGACGGUCAGGAGGAUGACGAGUAUAAUCCCACAAGUGGCUCGGAUGAAAGUUGUUCAGAUGUUAGCCUCGAAACCGAAGGACGAAAGUCAACUUCAGUGCCGAGGAAAACAGCCGAUCUCCAACUGGAGGUGGGACAAGAGGAAGACUCAAGGAGGCGCAUAAGUCCAGGUCCUUCGGUACCUAGAUCUGAUGCCGCGGGGAGAUCUGUACCCACUUCUACUGCAACUUAUGAAGUGCCCAUUGAAAUUUCUCCCUCGUCUUUGACUUCAGGAGUUUCGGGAUCGUUCUCUUUCUCACACUGUAGGCAAACUGGGAUUCUAAACUCUCCUGUCUUUCUAGGGGUAACAUCUCCUGUCCAAAUGGCUGGGUCCUACAUUCCAGUUUCAGGCGCCAUAUAUGAGAGAGUAAUCUCUAGUGAAGGUAUAGGUAUUCAUCUCAACAGACUCAUCCCAGCAACGGGAGGAGAUAUUGCAGUUCAAUCUGUAGUCUCUCCUCUGGCUCCAGGUGGUAACAAUGCAGUACUAGGCUACACGGGACUUUCUUUUGGAGACGGUUCUGUUCCUCCGGCAGGUCAAGUUCUUUCUUCAAGCAUCAACACCAGCGGAGCACCUGGCAUAUAUGGAUUACUUAGAGACAGCUCUUUGCAGUUGGCUGGUUCACACCGUACCUCGGGUAUAAAUAAUGCGAUGCAAGAGAAUUCAGGAUUACCUGGAGUGAACGAGUCCGUUCAAAGUGGAAAUUCAUCUCCAGCUCUAAUCAUGAAGAGUACGAGUUUUGGACAUUCCGGUACGUGUGGAAGAGGCAAGUCCGUUCAAGUUGCGGGUCCUACUCCGGGCAUUCCAAGUGUGGAACUUGGGUAUUCUUCAUCACCCAGAGACAUUUCAGUUCAGUCCGCAUGUCCACCUCCUAAUUCAUACGUUCCUCCAUGUCUUAAUCCAUGCGUCAAUAGUGCAGCUCUUGCAAGUUCUGGAUUACUAGGGGAAAUUUGUUCAUCUCAGUCUGCACGUCCUCCUACCCUCGCAUCCGAUGCUUCUCUUCCGCCUCCUACAACUACGCCAUGCCUGCACAGUUCGGGACCUGGACAUUCUGGAAUUUUAACAAACAAGGGCCAAGGACCGCUCGCAGGUUUGCAGUCCCCGCAGUGUAGCUCAAAUGGGGAUAUCCCUGCAACGUACUUAACAAGACCUCCCGGUAUAUCCGUUCCUCCACCUGAGAUAGUAGCUUCCAUUUCAAAUCACCCUCCAGUUUCUCAGGCGGCCGUUCCCCCCACAACUAGACCUGUUCUUAGCUCUGCCGGGCUGAAGAAAUCAGCAAGGAAUCGUCAGAGGCACUUGCAACUUGGAUCCGGUUCUUCCGUCGUAGGAACAAGUACUAGCGUGAACCCACCGUCUGCUGCAGCAGUUUCUGUUCUUCCAGCAGUUCACGUAGUUAUUCCUCCAGGAAGCCAAUCAAGUCAGGCAACUUGUAAUGUGACGGCACCAUACCAUCCAGUAGUGCAAUUAAGCCCAUCGGAGAUUCCUACAUCUUUUUAUCCUUCAUCCAGCUCUACGGCUACUGCUGUACCUACUCUCCAUUCAACGCCAGUUACGGAAAGACACACAGUUCUAACUAAUUCUGUGGGCAGAGUCGAAGAAGAGUCUACGGAACAAGGUGUUACUAAACACAGUAGAGAACCAUCUGUCUCCGUGAAUCUACCUAAUUCAGGAGUAAGUAUUCCCCCCAUUGCAAGGGCACAGGCACAGAGAAAGCCAUUAUGGGUGCCGAAAGGUGAUGCGGGUUUGUUCAUGGGUUCUCUGAGGAACCCAUAAAACAGUUAUUUAGCAAAUGCUUGAAGUGUGUACCACACCAGAUCCCCUUCGUGGAUUGGGAUCUGAAGCAGAAGAUGUAUUGUAAAUGGACUAGGUUUGUGGAUAAGAAGUCACCAGCACGUAGACUCUCAUUGAUGAAUUGAAAAUUAGGCUGGAUGAUUCUGAAUAGUCAUUACAGCCCCUCGCACAUUUAAGUGCCUGACCCUUAUACCUAUGUUCAGGGCAUGGGGCUUGUACAUAUAAAGGACAAUUUCAAACGUUCAGGCAGAGGACGCAAAAUAUCCAGAAUUC